GGAGAGAGCUACAGACUAGGUGGAGAGUGUACUCAGAUAAUACCACAUUGUCCACACUUCAGCCUCUCAUCUUCAUUUACAGCAAGAAAGCUUUUCCUUAUUGCAGAUCCCGAGUCACAUCUCAGCCUUGGGAUGUUGGAUAACAACUGUUCUUUCGAUCCAAUGCCUGGGAUCGAUGAAAGGUUUUGUCCUACAGGACAGGAGUGCAUCAAUAUGACCUCCGGCAUGAAUAUCAGCCAAACUGGUAUGGAUGAUGCAUGUUUGACAGAGGAAGGAUAUCUGGAAAAAUAUCUGGGCCCUCGACGAUCACCUGUGUUCCUGCCUGUCUGCCUCAUUUAUCUUCUCAUCUUUUUGAUUGGCGUUGUGGGGAAUGUGCUAACAUGCACAGUUAUUUCACGCAAUAAGGUCAUGUGGACACCAACAAACUACUACUUGUUCAGCUUGGCCAUUUCAGACCUGUUAGUGCUACUGCUUGGUAUGCCACUGGAGCUGUAUGAACUUUGGCAAAACUACCCAUUUCUCUUAGGAAAGGGAGGCUGCUACUUCAAAACGUUCCUUUUCGAGAUGGUCUGCUUGGCCUCCAUUCUUAAUGUAACUGCCUUGAGCAUUGAGCGCUACAUUGCCGUGGUGCACCCACUGAGGGCAAAGUAUGUUGUGACACGUACUCAUGCCAAGAAGGUCAUCCUCACUGUGUGGGGCAUAUCGGUGCUGUGUGCUGUGCCUAACACGAGUCUGCAUGGGAUCAUAACCCUUCAGAUUCAUUCAACUGGUCCUUCUGGUAACAUAAACCUUGAGAUUCCCGACUCGGCUAUCUGUACUUUAGUGAAAUCACGUUGGAUGUACAACCUCACCAUCCAGCUCACCACCUUUGUGUUUUUCAUUUUGCCCAUGAUCACAAUCAGUGUUCUCUACAUGUUGAUUGGGCUGCAGUUGAAGCGUGAAAAGAUGCGGCAGAGGCUGGAGGCCAACUCUGGCUUCGGAAGUGACAGCUUUUGUAACAUCCGUACCCAGCAGCAGAAGGCAAGACGCCGACAGGUCACAAAAAUGUUGUUUGUAUUAGUGGUGGUUUUUGGAAUCUGCUGGGCCCCGUUUCACACGGAUCGCCUCAUGUGGAGUUUCAUCAGUGACUGGACCGAUAGCCAUCACGAAAUCUUUGAGUAUGUACACAUCAUCUCCGGCGUGUUUUUCUACCUCAGCUCAGCAGUCAACCCAAUCCUUUACAACCUCAUGUCCACACGCUUUAGAGAAAUGUUCAAAGAAGUCAUGUGCCAUCGGCCACAUCACAUCAGCCCAAGAAAACACUCUCUGAGUGUGACCAGAGUGACACUCCGCAGCACACUAAGUGACGCACCUCUCAGCAACGGAACCACUGUUGCUGAGGCUGACAUUGUGGCAGAUGGCGAAGGAAAACUAAAAGAUGAGACCUGUUUUUCGUGUUAAAGAAAAAAACUUGGGACAUGUGAAAGAGGUGGAAUUGUUGUAAAGUCUGUUAUUUGAAAGUAUCUGCUUGUUGCUAUGCUUGCUGUUCCAUAAUGUCAUCUGCCUUCUGCAGAAGAUUCUACACAGGUAUGUCAAGAAAAUACCUGUGCAGAAGAAUUACGUUAAAGCAGAACACUUCAGUUAUGUGGAAGGUUGCAUAUAAAAAAGUAAGUAAUCCAUUUAUUAUCUAGUAUGAGAUCUAACAAUUUUUCUUAAUACAUUGUGUUAUAUUAUUUAAAUAGCUAUUAAAGCUUGAUGACUUGAUGGGACAUGAAUGUAUUUAAGGGUGUCUACUUUAGUUCCACAGUCAUGCAUGUCUAAACUAUAAUCUGUUGCUUGGUGUUUUCAAAGAAUUGGUCCUUUAAUUUCAAACCAGUUAUAUUUCAGAACUUGGAAGCAGUUUAAAGGUUUGUCCUAAAUUAUUAAAGUGGAGGUAGGAUAUUCACCACACAACCUUUCAGGAGAACUCCCAUUAGAAAAAACUGAACUAUGUUUUGGGGACUGUGAUGAAUGUUUAAGACUGAUACUUAUUGAAAGUGCUGUGCACAGAAUUUUUGAAAAAUGGGGCAGGUAAAAAAAGGGCAUAUAUAAUGUGUCUGCACCACUCUUGAGGGCACUCCAGCAGAUGUUUUGGCCCCCUAGAGGGCAGUUUAACUUGUGUUUUGGCUCCCAAGAGGGCACGUUAGUGCACAUUUUGGCUCCCGGGAGGGGACUUUAGUGCUAUUUAGUGCCACUUAGUGCCAUUUUUCAACAAUUAACCCCCCCCA